AUGGUCCUGACAGAAAGAUGUAGGUUAAAGGGAAGGACUAAAACAUGUCGCCUGAAAAAUGAUAUAUACGAUUUGCUCUGUCCAAUGUCUGAGAGAAUGGGGUAUUUUCACCUCCAUCCGGAGCAUUCACAUUCAAAAAAUAAAUCACCAAACUUUAUCUUCCGCACGCUUGUAGCUAAUGCAGACAUCAAGAAGAACUCUUUUUCAGAUAGACAAAUUCAACAUCUUCGUUCUUAUAUAUCCUUUAACUGUCGAAAGAAAGGUAAACCUUCAGAUGAAACAGGAAAGUUUCUGAACAAGAUAAUUAGUAGAGGCUUUGGAUUGCUAACACUGCUCGAUCUAGAAGGUGUAUACAAGCCGGCGCUACCUCAAACACUCGGAAAAAACCUGGCCCUUCUAAGGUACGUUGGUCUCAGGCGUACUUUCCUGAAAAAAAUUCCAGAGUCAGUUGUUCAUAUUCCCUGUAUGGAGACUUUAGAUCUUAAACACACUUUAAUAACCUCAUUGCCCAUUUCCAUUUGGAAGGCAAAGAACCUUCGGCAUCUCUAUAUGCAUGGGAUUUAUUUUGAAAUUGAAACCUUUGGCUAUGAGUUUCCAACCAACCUUCAAACCCUAUGUGGCCUAAUGAUAGGCGAUAACAGCCCAACAAUCAACUGGUUGAAAAGGUUUAAGGAUCUCUGGAAAUUGGGACUGAUAUGUCACACAGAAUCGAUUAACCAAAUAGUUUAUUGGAUUUCUCAAAUGACCGGUCUUCGUUCUUUGCGGUUAAAAUCAGUAAAUGACAGUAGUAAACCUUCAUCCCUCCAUAUUCCUAUCACAAUCAGCGGUAUACCCAACACGCUGACAAACUUGUAUUUGGUGGGAGAGAUGAGUCUAUUUGGCGAAAUAUUUUUUGUCCCAAAUCUCAGAGUUCUUACAUUGUCAGCGUCACAACUAACUCAUGACCCAAUGCCGAUACUAAAAGGGCUAGAACACCUUAUAGUCCUCAGGCUUUUCGCUAAUUCCUACUCAGGGAAAGAAAUUACUUGUGGCACUUGUGGAUUUCCCCAACUUCAGGUUUUGAAGUUGUGGAUGUUAAUGGAAUUGAGCAAGUGGACUAUCAAAGAAGGAGCAAUGCCUGCGCUAAGAGAAUUAGAGAUCAGACACUGUGAAAAACUGGAGAAGCCAAUUGGGUUGGAGGAGGUGACUACCCUGGAGAAAUUGACCUUAACGAGUAUGGACAAGGAUUUUGUGGAUGAGAUUAAAAGAAGCGUUGGUCAAAACGUAGACGACGUUGAGAACCACUGGAACUUUCCUUUAUUUGUGAGUAGUUUUCAUCCUUUUAAUUUCCAUGUUAAUCUUUUUGUUUUCCAUUAUGUUUAA